AACCUUCAAUUUAUUUCUCGUGCUGGUGUUUUGCUUGGAGAAUCAGAGACAGGCCAUGGAAUGCGCCUUAUCAGGGCAUCUUCCAAUCCAUUUACAUUCUUCUCCUCCAAAUCCACUUAACCAUCUAAACAACAACUUCCAAUUUUUCAGAAUCAAAGCCUCUACAACAUCCCCACUAAAAUCACCCAAAUUCUCCUCCAAAACCCAAAGACCAUUCCAAGAAGAAGAUGCUUUUCCGUCAUCUCCACCUCUGCACACCAAGAACCCACAUGCGAUACACAAGGACAUCCAAAGAUUCGCCAGGCAGAACAAGCUCAGAGAAGCCCUUGCAAUUAUGGAUUAUCUGGAGCAACGGGGAAUCCCGGUUAACGUCACCACUUUCUCCUUACUUCUCGCGGCUUGUGUUCGAUCUAAAUCCUUAACUGAAGGGAAACAAAUUCAUGCGCAUAUUCGGAUAAACGGGCUCGAAAACAGUGAGUUUUUGCGUGCUAAACUUGUUCGUAUGUACACUUCUUGUGGCUCACUAGAAGACGCGCAGAAGGUGUUCGAUGAAUGUACUAGCCACUCUGUCUAUCCGUGGAAUGCAUUGCUAAGAGGCGCAGUGAUAUCGGGGAGGAAACGGUAUCCUGAAUUGCUUUCUAUUUAUUCAGAAAUGAGGGAGUUAGGAGUUGAGUUGAAUGAGUACAGUUUCUCAAGUGUUAUUAAGAGCUUCGCGGGUGCAUCAGCACUUAGACAAGGGUUGAAGGCUCAUGCCCUUCUGAUCAAGAAUGGUCUGAUUGAUAGUUCAGUGCUCAGGACUGGUUUAAUAGAUUUGUACUUUAAAUGCGGCAAGAUUAAGAUUGCUCAUCAUAUGUUUGAGGAAGUUCCAGAGAGAGAUAUAGUUAUGUGGGGGGCAAUGAUUACGGGUUUAGCUCUUAAUAGGCUGAGGAAGGAGGCUUUGGAAUACGUUAGGUGGAUGAUAAGUGAAGGGAUGUAUCCGAAUGCAGUUAUAUUAACUACAAUUCUUCCUGUUAUUGGUGAAGUUUGUGAGCAGAAACUCGGCAAAGAGGUUCAUGCUUAUGUGGUGAAGACUAAGAGUUACUCAAAGCAGCUGAGUAUUCAAUCUGCCAUGGUUGACAUGUAUUGCAAGUGUGGAGAUAUGGACUCUGGGAGGCAAGUCUUUUACAGUUCGAGGGAGAGGAAUGCUAUUUCUUGGACUGCAUUAAUGUCAGGAUAUGAAUCAAAUGGGAGGCUUGACCAGGCAUUGAGGUCUGUGAUUUGGAUGCAACAGGAAGGAUUUAGGCCUGAUGUUGUCACUGUCACAACUGUUCUUCCAGUUUGUGCUAAGUUGAAGGCCCUGAAGCAUGGGAAGGAGAUUCAUGCUUAUGCUGUUAAGAAUUGUUUCCUGCCUAAUGUGUCUUUAGUUUCUUCUUUGAUGGUGAUGUACUCUAAGUGUGGUUUAUUGGAGUAUUCUUUUAAAUUGUUUGAUGGUUUGAAGGCGAGGAAUGUAAUUUGUUGGACAGCCAUGAUUGAUUCAUAUGUGGAGAAUGGCAAUUUUAAUGAAGCAUUUACAGUUUUCAGGUCAAUGCAGUUAUCAAAGCACAGGCCAGAUUCAGUUGCAAUGGCAAGAAUACUUCGGGCUUGUAGCGAACUUAAGGCUUUGAAGUUUGGGAAGGAGAUUCAUGGACAUAUUUUAAAGAAAAAUUUUGUGUCAAUACCAUUUGUUUCUACAGAGAUCAUGAAGAUGUAUGGUAGUUGUGGGUUGACUGAUUGUGCAAAGUCGAUAUUUGAUGCAGUUCCAGUCAAGGGUUCUAUGACAUGGACUGCCAUUAUAGAAGCUUAUGGAUACAAUGAUUUGUGUCUAGAUGCAAUUAGCCUUUUUGACAAAAUGAGAUCUGAUGGCUUUACCCCAACAGAAUUCACUUUCAAAGUGGUCUUGUCAAUUUGCUGUCAAGCUGGAUUUGUGGAUAAAGCUUGCCAUAUUUUCAGUCUAAUGUCUCAUGGAUAUAAAUUAAAGCCAUCUGAAGAACAUUACUCAUUGAUCAUCAGACUUCUUACUCGUUUUAGUCGAUUUAAGGAGGCUGAAAUAUUCAAGGAAAUGAGUUCUUUAUCAUCAUGAUAUACAUGCAGAGGAAUCCUGUGUUUUCAUGUUUGAAUCUAAAGUGUAUGCCCUUGAGCCUACUUCUGUUCGUCGAUUCCUUUAGUGUCUGCAGAUUUGUAUAUUUGUUGUAGCUUAAUAGGUAUGAAUUGUAAUGUUCCUAAACUGAAAAGAUUGAAAAUAGUAAAAAUUAGAAAAUAUA